UGGCGUCGUCUCUACGUCUUCUCUCUAAAACAGUUCUAACUUGAAAAUCGUUUAAAAAUCCACCGCCAUUCCACUGACUUCCCUCACUCGCACUCCAAGCACGCUGAAACCAUGGCGUCCGGUGUCGGUGCCAUUUCACGUGCCUCAUACCUUCAUCCCCGCAGCCCUGCACAACCCGUCGAUUCCACUGUAAAACUACGAGUAAGCCUUCUCAAGACGAAAACUAGACUGUGCGUAAGAAUUAGGGCUAACAGUGAUGGGAAUUCGUACCUGGAUAUGUGGCGGAAGGCCGUUGAUCGCGAGCGGAAGGAAAUCGAGUUCCAGAGUAUCGCCAAUAACUCUGCUAGUGAGAGUGUUGACGAGAAUGGGAAUGACUUCAAUGAAAUCGAAUUGGAGAAGAAGAGUGAAGAGUUUCAGAAGAUCCUGGAGGUGUCCAAGGAGGAGAGGGAUAGAGUGCAGCGAAUGCAGGUCAUUGAUCGAGCUGCUGCUGCAAUUGCCGCCGCUCGCGCUGUCAUCCAGGAGGACAUUGCUUCUGUGAAGGAGAAUACGGAAGGUGAAAGAAGUGAAACAAUGGGGCCUCAAGAUCCAGUCCAAACAGGAACGUGGAAUAGGAGUGUCUAUGUGCCUCGAGUAGAAACCUCUGGAAGUGGAAUACCGGGUCCUGACUUUUGGUCUUGGACGCCGCCACCAGAUGGAGAUAGAAAUUUGGAUGCUUCCAGUGAGCAGACUUCAAGAAAUUUUUCUGUUCCUUUAACUUCAACCAACCCAGUGAUGGAGAAAGAUCAAUAUUUUGACCCUCUAUCCAUUCCAUUCGAGAGUAAACUUUUGGAGAGCAACCACAACCCUCCUCUUCCUCCUUUUCAGUCAUUGAUGGAGGUUGAAAAAGUGGAAGUUCAAGAAUUGGCUUCGGAGAAGCCUUCAAGAAAAGAGGGACAUGAAAUUGGUGAAUUAUUUUCAGCACAUGCCGCAGAGGCAGCUCAUGCACUUGAAAUGGUGGAUGAAUCUUCAUCCUAUGAAGAGAAUCCAGAUGGGUCAAAAUGGUGGAAGGAGACUGGGAUUGAGCAAAGACCUGAUGGUCUUACGUGUAGGUGGACGAUGACUAGGGGAGUUAGUGCUGACCAAGUUGUUGAGUGGCAAGAGAAGUUCUGGGAGGCUGCUGAUGAGUUUGACUACAAGGAACUUGGUUCAGAGAAAUCAGGACGUGAUGCAAAUGGAAAUGUUUGGCGUGAAUUUUGGAGAGAAACAAUGUGGCAGGAUUGUGGACUUAUGCAUAUUGAGAAAACCGCUGAUAAGUGGGGGAAGAACGGAAACGGUGAUGAGUGGCAAGAAAAAUGGUGGGAACAUUAUGAUGCCUCCGGGAAGGCAGAGAAGUGGGCACACAAGUGGUGUAGCAUUGACCCAACCACACAUCUUAAUCCUGGUCAUGCUCAUGUAUGGCAUGAAAGGUGGGGUGAAAAGUAUGACGGUCAUGGUGGGAGCAUGAAAUACACUGACAAAUGGGCUGAGCGCUGUGAGGGUGAUAGUUGGACGAAAUGGGGUGACAAAUGGGAUGAAAAUUUUGAUCCCGAUUGUCAUGGUGUCAAGCAGGGGGAAACAUGGUGGGAAGGCAAGUAUGGAGAGCGGUGGAAUCGGACGUGGGGCGAACAACACAAUGGUUCUGGUUGGGUUCACAAGUAUGGGAAGAGCAGCAGUGGGGAGCAUUGGGACACUCAUGUGGAGCAAGAGACAUGGUAUGAGAGAUUCCCACACUUCGGUUUCUAUCACUGCUUCGACAACUCAGUUCAGCUCCGCGAAGUUCGGAAGCCUUCUGAAAUGGAAUGAGACACAGAUUCUACAUUUCUACACAUUCCUUCUGGCUGGUAGGAAGGUCAUGCUGUGUGUUUACAUAGUCCUGUGCAAAUAAGCUAGUUUUACACGAUUGUGUCCAUGAAUAUAGUGUACCUGCCAUAUCCAUAAUUCCAUAUAAUGUUUUCCAGAACGAUGAAUAAUUUUUGCUUGUUAAGUUGUUUAACAGUGCACAAGCAUGAAGCAUCAGCUGGGGAUUUGAAGCGUU